UCGCGGUUCAUCAGCCGCAUGACCAUGUGCUGCAACAGGCCCCUUCAGACGAUUUCUCAGCGAACAUACGGGAGCGGAAAUCCUCUGCCACCUUCAUCCUCAAUGACUUGCAGCAAUCCAAACCCCCUCUCGUAUUCACCUCCCCCACUUCUCGCCCCAGGUCUCGUCGACUCCACCUCCACCACCGCAACUGUGACAACCCUCAAAACUCUUCUCCCCAUGGGUCAUGCAAUACGAGCGAAUCCCCACCCUCGAGCACUCCAUAACCCCCCUUUCCCCAUCUCCAAACUCCAGACCACCCCAGCCCGUGUCAGGUACUGCUACUCGAGCAUCAUCGGGCCGAUUAGCGCUGGAUUUUACCCACACCAAAUCAACACGCUCUGCGGAUACACCGGAAUCAAAGUCUGUCUCCAGCGAUUCCUGCAUAGUCUGCUCCGUAGUUGGGUUCUGGAAGGAAAUAGCUGCAUGCCCAACACGCCAUUUCCUCUCCACGGCUCUUUCACCAGCUCAACUCCGUGUUAGGACAUCUACGCCGUGUAUACCUACCACUGCGCGUGUUUCGACUGCAGGACAUGCAGGCGUGGCCUGUCAACACAGCUGGGUGCGAUCUUUGCGUGCAUCGUCGGUCCGACUUUCGCUGCUGUUUGACAUU